AUGGCAUCGUACAGGCCCUACAAUGGAAAACUGGGUAUCGUCACGGGUGGAUCUAGGGGAAUCGGAGAGGCAGUCGUAAGACGUCUUGCUGCUAAAGGCUGCAAUCUUCUAAUUGUAUACACAUCCAACUCCUCGAAGGAGCUCACGGAUAAAAUCACAUCCGAACUCACGACAGCGCAUAGUAUCCACAUUUCCAGCGUGCAAGCUGACCUACAUGAACCUAUUACUGCCUCGCCAAAGAUUGUGGACGCCGCAAAGGCGCUCUACAAGUCAUACACAACUUCCAAGGACAAGGAACUACAGGUCGACAUUCUGAUCAAUAAUGCCGGUGUCAGCUCCAAUCAAUUCUUGAAUGAUGCCACAAAGGGUCCCAUAGAUGCCGAGGAGUAUACACGAGUAUACAAUGUGAAUGUCCUGGCGCCGCUGUUGCUCACUCAGGCAAUUGCACCAUUUCUGCCGACUGACCGGUCUGGACGGAUUGUCAGUGUUUCGAGUGUCUCGUCUUCCAUUGGGUAUGAAGGACAGUCAGUAUACGCUGGGACCAAAGCUGCUCUGGAGGCCAUGACAAGGUGUUGGAGCCGGGAAUUGUAUCAGCGGGCUACGGUGAAUGCAGUAAAUCCCGGCCCGGCAUGGGGAGACAUGUAUGCACAGGCGGGAGAGAAGUUCUGGGAAAUUAACCAGCCGUAUGUUGAUGCAGCGCCUUUGGCGGCGUAUGAAAGAGAGGAGAGUGUGUUGAAGGCUGCGGGUGACGAUGCAGAGAGAUUUGACAGGAUUGUCAGAUACGGUAUGGGUGGCAGAAGACCAGCGUUCACAAGUGAGAUUGCAGGGACUAUUGAUAUGCUAUGCACGGAGGAGAGUGGUUGGACAACAGGCAGUGUUAUUUGCGCAAAUGGCGGCAUGAAGAUGUCUAUCGCAUAG